CAACACUGGUUUGAAGAGAAUUUAUCCAUAAUGGAUAUGUGAUUUCAAUCUGUUUAACUGAUUCCUCCCCUUGUUUUCUCUUUUUCUGUUUCUCCUCUGUGAUUACUGUUAUUUUCAUCUGAAAUGUAAAUAGUUCUCUGUAUAUUCCAGCUUUAUACUAUAUCUGCCUUCCUUCUCUUCUGCAUCUGCACCUCUGCAGGUACAUCAGAACAAUGUAUCUUGGCAUCCAGAGCCGCAGACAAAAGGAGAACCAGCGACGCUUCUACUGGGCCAUGAUGUAUGAGUAUGCUGAUGUCAACAUGCUCCGUCUACUGGAGACAUUUCUGGAAAGCGCACCACAGCUGGUUCUCCAGCUCUGCAUCAUGAUUCAGAAGAACCGGGCCGAAACUCUGCAGUGUGUGUCAGCGAUUGCGUCUCUUCUCUCUCUUUCCUGGGUUCUGGCCUCGUACCACAAGCUUCUGCGCGAUUCUCGUGAUGACCAAAAGAGCAUGAGCUACAGGGGAGCAGUGGUGCAUCUUCUAUGGCGUUUCUUCACCAUUUCUUCUCGGGCGCUAUCUUUCGCCCUCUUUGCCUCAGUUUUCCACAUCUACUUUGGCAUUUUUGUGGUGCUGCACUGGUGUGCCAUGGCCUUCUGGGUAAUUCACGGAGGCACCGACUUCUGUAUGUCCAAGUGGGAGGAGGUGCUAUUCAACAUGUUGGUAGGCGUAGUCUACGUCUUCUGCUGGUUUAACGUCAAGGAGGGACGGACCCGAUACCGCAUGGUAGUUUAUUAUUUGCUGGUGCUAGUGGAAAAUACCAUCCUUACAGCUCUGUGGUACACCUACAGAGACCCGGUCACUACCGACUCCUACGCUGCAUCCGCCCUCUGCGGCGUCUUCCUGUGCUUUGCUUCCGGAGUGGCCUGCAUGGUUCUUUACUACGGGGUCCUGCAUCCUAUGGGGCCCCGGAUGAGGGUGCUGGCCAGUUCCUGCUGUGCUGAGCUGCUUUGGGGCCUCCCUUUACCACCUGAGGCUGAGCCCAUGGCUCCCACUCCAGGGCAUCGGGGCUCCCAAGCCACCCCGACCAGGGGUAUGGCUUCAGGGGACUACGGCGAGCCGGAGGAGGCUGCCACAGACACUUGUCUACCGGUGUUCCAGGUGCGGUCCACAGAACCCACAGAUGCGAUGGGUCGGCCAAUCCCCCCCGAGGGGCCCCUCAUCAAGAUCGACAUGCCCAGGAAGCGCUACCCAGCCUGGGAUGCUCACUUUGUAGACCGACGUUUGCGGCGAACCAUAAACAUCCUCCAGUACAUCAGCCCCAACGCGGUGGGCAUCAGGUACAGGGAUGGACCCCUCCUUUACGAGUUGCUUCAGUACGAGUCCUCCCUGUGAAGGCAUGCAAUGCUGUUCUUUCUCUAAUUUCAUGCCCUCUCUGGUUCUCCACUUCCCUUGGUGCUUUUUUCUUCAGAGUUUUUAUUUAGUUGUACUCUCAAGCUAUAAGAGUUCAUCUAAAAGAGUCUAAACAGAGAAUAUUCAACAUAUAUUUUGACUAACACAGUGUAAAGUUGGAGAACAAAUAGUUCGAAAUACAACAUUCCCUAGUUUGGGUUACUAUGGUGUGGAUGUUCAGCUAAUGUGUAUGUUUGAUGGUGUUUGUGGCCCUGUUGCCUCUGUCAAGUGCAUGAUGGGAAUGAUGGAGGAACAUAUUCUUUAGCAUCCUCAUUCUGAUUUCGCUUUUACCAUUUUGUGCCUACGUUUUUCCCAAACAGUUGUGGUGACGACUGAUCUUCAAGAUGGCAAGUGAGUCAAUAUCAGCUAGACACUAAAAAGCACAUUUGAUUUUCAGAAAAAGCACAUGAUGCCCCACUCAUUUUCUCUUGUGAUAACGGGGAAAAGACUCAAAUUGCGCCAAAAAGAUACAAUCGCUUUUUUCAAGCAAAAUGCAAUGAUGUCAUUGGUGUAAAAUUUUGGUGUUGGCCUACCAUAUAACACUGCCGCCGCAAUUUUGAUCCUCAAGGUCCUUAAUAUUUAUCUUAAAAUGUCUUUUCCUACUGAAUCUCACUAGUGAUGUGAUAUCUACAGCUCUGUAAUCUGAGGGAGCUGAAUAUAUGAUUUUUUUACCAUCUAUAAAAUGUGAAAAUGCACUUUAAGACCACAAGAUUGAAUGAAUGGGACAUAUUUUCUUACACUACUGUAUUCACUAUUGUUCAAAAGUUUGGGCUUAGUAUGAUUUUUUUUUUUUUAAGUGAAAAGGUUAAAAAAAAAUAUUUAUCAAGACCGACAAUAAACAGUAACUUUUCUAUUUCUAUUUUUUUUAAUUUUUAUUCACCCAUUCAUCUAUUCUUCAAUAUCCUAAAAUUUUUUAUCAAGGUUUCCACACAAACAUGUAAGUAGCAUAAAUGUUUUCGACAUUGAUAAUAAUAAGAAAUGUUUCUUGAGUACCAAUUACAGCAUAUUAGAAUGAUUUCUGAAGGAUCAUGUGACACUAAAGACUGGAGUAAUGGCUGCUAUAUAAUGGCAAAUAUUAUAUUAAAAUAGAACAGUUCUUUGUUAUCUGUAUUAAAUUGCAAUGAUAUUUCACAUUAUUACCAUUUAUACUGUAUUUUUCAUCAAAUAAAUGUAGCUUCAUUGAUCUAAAGAUAUAAUCUUACCAAACCCAAACUUUUGACAGUAGUGCAUUAUUUUUUUUUAUUACAUAUGGUCCACUGAUAUAUAUAUAUAUAUGUGUGUGUGUGUGUGUGUGUAUUUGUGCAACUGAUGAAAGCUCGACAGAAUAAAUAGACACAUAAAACAAAAUACCAAUACUCUGUUAAACAAAUAUUUUUUAAAGUGCUUUUUGUGAUUUAACAAGUAUGUAAAUGUAUUGGUUUUAUUCAAGAAAAAAAUAUUAAUUAAUAUGUCUAAACUAACCUCAAUAAAAUAUGUUACAUUGGCAAAGUUAUUUUUAAGGUUUAGAUUGUGGGUUAGAAAACAAAUCUUUAAGGUAACAAUUGCUUGUUACAAUUUUUACCGUGUAAUAAUGAACAUAAAUGUUUGCAGGGUGUGGUGCUUAACUCUAACCUUUAGUAAUCCUCCAUCAUUCCCUGUACAAAAUUGCAUUUUUCUAUCCACCUAAACCAUUUCUUCAGAAAAAGGCUAACAGAUUUUCGAAAGGUGAAAGACGUGUAAAUGGUAUACCAUUCACAUUCAAAAUGUACUAUAAUCAUUUUUUAUAAAACAAAAAGGUCCUUUAUUUGAAUUGUGCAAUAUUUUUUUUUAAAUGUACUAUGAAAUCAUUGGAGAAAAAGGUGUUGCUUCUGCCUGAAAUUAGCUAAGUUUAUACACCAUCAACAAAUGCAUGCUGAGGUUGUGCAUAUUGAGGAUUGACUGGGUUGCCAGGUGCCAACCAACAAUCGAAUUUGUUAGAUAUUUUAAUUAAAAGUCCCAUUUUAUAUGUUUGUUUUUUUCUCAUUAUCCUAUAUAUGGUGCACUUAAAACAGAACAAACCUGAGGGUUUCCUCUACAAAAAGCCAAUCCUGAAGUAAUUUUCCCCAGAUUUCAUCAAUUCAAUUGAGAAUGAAUGAAUUGCUCUGUGAAGGCUGAGGUCAUUUUUGUUACUAAAAACAACGCUUUGUUUAGCAUCCAGGUGAGAUAAGUGCAGACAUUAACAUGGGAUGCCAACUUUCACCGCAUGGGCUGCUACAAACUCCAUUUGUGCCUGCUGAAAUUUUCCAAGCAGACUUCAGAUUGGUUGUAGUGGAUGAGGUGGAGGGAUUUUUUUGCCAGGGAUGGAAAAGAGAAUGAGGAUAGACAAUAGCUAUCAGUGAGUGUGUGCAUUCUGUGUAUGUAUGCGUGACUUUGGUUUGUAGGUCUUACCUCUUCAGCUCCAUCCUUGGUUGCUGCUCUGACCCCUCCACCCCUCUCAUGCGAGUGUUAUCUGGGAUAUUCGGAUGCAAAGACUAUGUUUCAAGAUAACAACUUGGAUUUAUACCAUGGCCAAGGGGAAUGGGGGACGGACAGGCGAUUUCAUGCAAUUCUUAUUCCAAAACAUCAAUAUUCCGUAACCCUCACAAUAUCAGGUUUUCCGUUUAAGCUACAGAAAGUUCAGUUUCCUUUCCUUGUUCCCUACCAGUGCCAAAAAAAGUCACUGAGAUUCCACUUCUGUAGGUGCUUGGCACAUUGAUGCACUGUUGUUUGCUGGGAUAUCACCAACCCUGUUACAUAACGAUGUGUACGACUACUGCUCAUUUUGACGGUUGCGUGACUCGGCUGCCUGGCAUCCCAUGAUACGUUCAUAGUCCAGUUACAGAAUUGGUAACUAAUAACGCACUUGAGGUAAGACAGUCCAGGUGAUAUUUUCAACUACACUGUGAUAUUUUCUUCUAUUAUUCCACUUGCAUGAUGUGUAGUGACCAACAUCGCCACGUUUGUUCAGAUGUCAGGAUUGGCAACAGAUCCAACCCUGUACAGUACGCAUAUAAUUCCAAAUUGAUUUGUUUUAGAUUAUUGCCUUACAAGUCAAAGAAGUUACACAUCAGAUUAAUUGAUAUUGAAGUAAUGCCACCAUUUGUACACGUUGGGAGUGGGAUGGCUAAGUGGGACCAGUCUCUAAUAUCUGAUUCCUCUUGUGGUGCCUUGUCUUUAUGGGUGCUUCUGUGUGGCCAUGGCAGCCAGUGCAGCAAACAACAAUGCCAGUGUCUCUGUCUCCAUUCAUAUUUCAUAUUUCAGUAUUGUAACAAGCCAGUCAAUUAUGCCCUGCAUGCACACAGGAAGUCCUCUCCAGGUAAAUCUUUGCAAAAUAAAAUUAUCUGUUUAUUUCAACUCAAAGGCAAUACUUAACAUCUACUUGAAUGUUGGGUUCCACAUUUUUCCUGAAGACGAAACACACAGACCGGUUGCAUUCGACUAUUUCCAAGGGUUUUGUUUAUGAUCGGAUGCGAAAAAGCAAUGAGAGUUGGUUUGUUUGGGUAGCUCCUAAAUGACAGUUAUGAUGAAGUUAGCAAUUAAUUUCAUGAUUGUUAAUGUACUUCUGUCUAUGCCUUCCUCUGUCUUGCAAAACGAAUGAGCUGUAGUGCCAACAAGUUAAUCUUUCUCUCUGUCGUUUGUCUUGUGAACAAAAAAUGUCUAGCCAAAUGGAUUUAUGCCUGCAAACAAACAAAAAAAAAAAACAGAAGAAGAAAAAAGAAAAGAAAAAAUGUGUGUAGACCAAUAAGAACAGAAGAAGUGGGGUACGUAAAUAUGGUGCUCACUGGGUCAAAUAUUUAAACUUAAAUCUGAGAUGGCAUUGGACACAUUUUUAAAGGCCUCUAGUGCCGAACCAUCUUUAGAUUGCUUCUACAUCCUUUGGAUUCUUAGCAUGCCCACAAUAUGCAUCCUAUUGUGACCCCUCCAACACACGUGCAUGUUUUCUUCAAUGAAACAUCCCAGCCAUCGCUCCAGGGUUCUCUAAGAGCAUCUACAUGCUCAUCAAAUCCAGUUCUGUACAGUGGUUUUGCAAUGAUUGGUAUUGAUGUAGAGCCAAAAGUUCUAAUGGCGAAACAACCACAAAACGGUGCAUUUUUGUUUCUUGAUCUGGUGCUUAUCAACAUAUUCUAAAGGUGCUACCACGAAUGUGGACUGCAGGACCCCUGUUGUGGCUCACUAAGCAAGGCCACCGUCCAAUAGACCUGCCUCUUUAGGCUCACGGACACUUUCCUCUCUGGAAGAACAAGCACCUCAACACAGUUUACAGCCAAACAUCUCUCUUUGAAAUAUGGUGCCACUUAUUAUGUUUCAGGCUGUGCACCGAAGCAUUGGUGCAGCAAAUAUGUUUAUUUUCUACUUCUACCCCGAAUUUCUGUUUAUUUUGAUGUAUAUUUGUUUUUAAAAGAUAUGUUUAGGUGUUAAGAAUCUGCACUAGGAUUUCUCUUAAAAGAGAGAGAGAAAAAUGCAUCAUUUUGACAUUCAUCUACAGGCCUAAAAGUACUACUGGUAAAAAGGGAUUGCUAAACAUAUAGAAGGUGAUUGCUGUGUUGUAUAUUCCUGUCAUCUUUAUGUCCUAAACCUAUGUGUAUUUCUUCUGUUAUUGUAGAUCUGGCUGUAUAUUUUGUUGGGAAAUGAUCUUAAUAAUGAUUAUGGUUGUCAGAUGAAUGGGUGCUGAUUUUAGAGUUGUUAUCCAUGCUGUUGGACACGGGUAAAUUACCUGUAAAACAGAUUGUGUUAGAUUGUCUUUGUGAUUUUCACAUGGAGUGUUAAAGAAAGAAGGCACAAAGUUAUUAAGCAAAUUAUUUGCUUCUGUCUGUAACAUUUCUUUUUUCUUAACUGACUGACUGUACUCAUUACUUAUGUUGAGGGAAAAAAAAAGAUUUAUUUGAUGUUGUCAAAUACAAAUGAAAGUAAAUUGUUUUGUUUGAUUGCCAUUAUUUGAGAACAAAUCUGAUGUCUAGUAAUGAAUUAAAACUUAUUUUGAGGGGGGAAAUAUGACUAAUACUGGCAACAUAUGGUGCUACGGUUGUUUUUUUAAAUUUUGGUCUUAGGUGAAAAAGGGAAUAUCAUAUUGACAAAAAAAA